AUGGCGAGGCGGGCGGCGACGCCUCACGGCGACGAGUUCUCGUUCGUGAGCCCGCUCGUCAAGUACGUGCUGUUCUUCUGCAACAUGCUGUUCUGGGUGAGUGCCCGGGGGGCCCAUGGGGGGCACGGGGACCCCCUUGUGAGGCCGGAGGAGGCCGCUCCUGCCCGGAUCGGCUGUGACCCGGCCGUGCUGCUCGUGGCCGUGGGCGUCCUCAUCUUCCUCGUCACCUUCUGCGGCUGCGUGGGCUCCCUGCGCGAGAACAUCUGCCUGCUGCAGACGUUCUCCGUGUGCCUCACCGCGGUCUUCCUCCUGCAGCUGGCGGCCGGCGUGCUGGGCUUCGUCUUCUCCGACAAGGCGCGCGGGAAGGUGAGCGGGAUCAUCGACGGCGCCAUCGCGCACUACCGCGAUGACCUGGACCUGCAGAACCUCAUCGACUUCGGGCAGCGCGAGGUGACGAGGGGCGCCCUGUGGGUGAUAGGGGAUGUCCCACGGGUGACGGGGGCGCCCCACGGGUGA